UUCAGUAGUCUGCAACAGCUCCGGGGUCGGGGAAGGGAGAAAUAAGGUCUUCGGAGCGGGGGGGGCGGGGCAAGCGAGCCAUGGCUGGUGGAACAGCGAAGAAGCCGUGUGUGUUCUGCCAUAUCGCACGGGCGUCCACUGCCACUCCUCUCCUCUACACCGACGAGAGGGUUGUCGCCUUUCCGGACAUCAACCCAUCCGCCUUCAGGCAUUAUCUGGUUGUACCUAUAACGCACAUUUCAACUGUCAAAGAUCUUCAAAGAAGAACAGAACAUUAUCAACUAGUAAGUCACAUGUUGAAUGUGGGGCAAACUCUUUUGCAGAGAGAUGCACCUGAAUCCAAGCUAUAUAGAUUUGGAUUCCAUCAGCCUCCAUUUAACAGUGUUGACCAUCUGCAUCUUCACUGUUUGGCCCUACCGUUCAUACCAAGAUGGAAACAUUUGAAAUACACCUCUUUGGGGCCGUUGGGUGGGUUCAUAGAGGCUGAGAAGUUGUUGGACCGGAUAAAGCCAUUGUCAGGAGUUCACACAUGAUUAUCACAGCAACACCAUGCCAGGUGAAAUAUGUUAUUGAUUGAUCCGCUCAACCUUGCUUGCUGUUGACUUGUAACAUAUCCCAUUGAUAGUUUUUUUUACACUUCUUAAUUAUUGGAUCAAUUGUUGUAUACAACAUCCGCAAUGCUUGACAUGUAAAAUGAAACUAACAUAAUGCUGUUCUCCCCUUUCGCCAUCAUAACUGUGUCAUCAAUUACUAGUGGUCAUAUUUGAUUAACGUUUCCGAAUUUCUGUUUUCAUUUUUUUGAACUCCCCACGGGAAAAAUAAUGUUUCUAGUAAGGCUGCUUUAUUGCUUAAAUAUGUUAAACCAUGAGACUCACAUUUUGUGUUACCUCCUAAUUUAUAUUUAUUCUCUAAAUAAAUAGUUUUGUGCAAUUAGUUAUACAUGAACUGUGUGGCUGUCAUGAAAUAUGGAAGAUUGGAUUUCCUUAUAUUUGAGUUACACAAUAGCAAAUGCUAACAAUAUCAUCAAUAUGUGGAGGAAAGCUUGAGGAUUGGUGUGAUGAGGUGCUUCAGUGAUCAUCAUCAUCACUCUCAUUAUAUCACUCCAUAUGCCCAAAUAUUAGUUGCUGAAAUGCCUACUUGAGCCUAUGGGAUUGUUGUGUGGAGGUCUAUGGAAAUCUGCAUACCAUAUGAAAUCUUAUUUGACCCUUAAUAUUAUAUUUCACAAGACAUUAGUAUCAGCAGAUGUGAAUUUAUUAUAUCAAUUAGUCAUCCAAAUUUAGCCCUGUUAUUUUUCCUUUGAUUCUUUUACCACCUCUCUGGCUUCCAUCAUUAUGAAAAAUCAUGCAGGAGUCUGAUUAAAGCGGGUUGAUACAUAAGGGUUCACACUUAUAUAAACUUAGUGUUAAAUAGACAAAAAAGUACCACACUAUAAAUAAUAUGAGUAAAUAUGUCCUGAUACAUGACCUGCUAUCUUUACUUUUAAGGUUCUGGAUUUUGUGAUGGUAGCCAUCUUGAUGUUAGGCGUGGACUCCAACCAUUGUAGUGCACCGUAUUCCUGAAAACAUUCUGGUUAAUUGAGAUUUGUUAUUUAUUAACUGAGUCAGAUAUCUAGGUUAUGUAAUUCUUUUGAAAUUUCACUUUUUUUUCUUCACAAUGCAUGUAUUGAUGUAGUAAUAUGUGAGAACCUAUCUAAUUAAGAGGAGAUAAGGAUGGAACUAAGCUUCUCCCUGUGUCCAUCAGUCAUGUAUUUUGCCUUGGAAAACCUUUUUUGACUUGGACCUGCAUGGCACAUGACAUUGUAUUAAGCACUUCAUAUUUGAUAUGUAAGAGGGUCUUCAGCAUGGGUUCAAUUCCAUUGCAUUCAAGGUCAGUGAUUAACAUACUGGAUGUAGAACUGGCAGCUAUUGGUUGGUUGAGCAUUUAAUUUGAGCAAGGAAGGUAACAAGCUUUAUCUGCUGCUGACGUUGAGUAAGGCUACAUAGUGGAGUUGUAGACAAGUGUGUAUUUCAUCUAGUUGGGUGUGCCUUGGUGUUAGAGUUUAGCAUGAGAUCUAUUUUUCCAGGGAUAAGUGAUUUGUUACUGUCCUAUGUAUAUCACUUUUGAUGAUGAUAUUAAACCUAAAAUGUGGAUUUCCAGUAAUGCUAGUAAGCUACCUUUUUUUGUCUUUUUGCUGUGUCUAUCCCCCAGAAGGGGCUCAGAAUGAGAUUUAAUGCAUCAUGUAUUCAUGACAACCAAAUUCAAAAGUAAUGCUAAGAGCAAUAUCAAUUUGGUUCCUUACUGCCUUUGAUGGUUCUGUUUGAGCCUAUUUUCAAGGGAAAAAAGGCUCUGUGGCACCUAGAUAAAUUGGUAAAUUUGCCUAAGUUGAGUGAAUAUUUGUUUGCAUGGUGCAAUUUCCCACUCUAAAAAAAGGUUGGGGGGUUGGGGGGAGGCUCUCUAGCUUCCACUAAAAACAGCUUAUGCUCAUUUUAUUAUAACCAUGUUGUAUGCCUAUCCUGUUUGCACUAUCCUCAGUAUGUUGUAUGUUGUAUGUUGAAUUGCCAUAUCCUCAGUUUCCUUGACUGCACUAUGACUAUGAGAAUCAUGAUGGUAACCAGUGGAUGGAGGCAAGUUAGACGGAGAGCAAAAUAAUCAGGGAAGUGCUUAGUUCUAAUUGGUAAAUAGUGUAUCUUAAUGUUUUCCAUCCAAACCAUCUUUUAUUUUGUUCUGACGGUUCUGGUUAUUGUUAUUAUUAUUUUUCUUUUUUGUAAUCAAGUGAUGCUUAACCUAUUGUCCUUGAAAUUUCACAUUGGCUGACAUAUGGGUGAUUGUAGCAUAGAAUGUGCUGAAGCGUGGUCCAUGUGAAGAUUUCAAAAGUCUAGACAUGAAAUUCCUUUUCUAGGACAAAUUUGUAGCAGUCUUAUUUGCUCUUACAGGAAAUGUAAUCCAAUAUAUGAAUCUGUGGUGUGAGAGUAGGCUUUCAAGGUUGUGAAUUUCAAGUUCACUCUGGAUUUGUGGUAGUUAUGUCCUGAACUGCAUGACAUUAUCAAACAGAAUAGCUUUUGG